AUUUUUUACAAAAUAUCCAAAUUUUAUUUGUCACAAUAUUACAUUUGCUGAAAAGUAAUAUAGUAUCCAUUGCUUAAGAUUUUCAAAUUGAAUUUCAUUAUACUAAAAAGCUAAAUUUGAACUGAAUCUAAAACUGCUAGUUAAAAUUUUCAUUUGGAUUUAUUAAGGUACAUUACACAUGAUGAUCCCAAUAUUAUGUCACAUGAGCCCAUGCAUGUAAAUAAAAUUUUGAAGAUGUCAUCAAUGUUGCUCUGUCUCUCUCUAUGGUUUCUACGCACCAAGAGCAUCUCAAAAUGUUCUUUGCACUCGUCUUUCUCUAGUUGAUCUACAAGAUUGUUAUUAUUUAUCUUAUUUUUCAUGUCCUUCAAUCAUCCUUUGAUAUUUCAUUUUCUUAAAAAUGGUGUGAUGAUUAUGAUGAAAUAUUCGACAAUUAUGCUGGUCAUGGAUGAUGGACUUUUGUUUCCAGUCCGUUGUUUUGAAUUGAACUAUUAUUGGCAUAGAGUACUACUUUAACUCCAUCGAUGAUUCCAAUGUACAUGGAGCACAAACGUCUCCGUAAUUAUUUUUUACUUCAUCGACUGAUCAACAUAUCGUGUGUGUUUUAUUUCAUGAUCGUGUCUGAGAAAGACAAGCCUGUUAUUUCAAGGUGAUGGGUACUAUAUAAAGGAAGGAAGCCGAAGGUAUACAGCUUGAUAAGCAGAUUCCUCCAACAUAUUUAUUAUGGCUCUUCCUGAACAUUCCCUUUUAAACACAACCACUUACACACAUUUGGAAAAGUAGAUUUUCUCGGAAACAAAGAAUUCAAAAGUUGCACCGCCAUCUCUUCCAAUGAAGGAAACCUCGAACAACGGUCAAUAUAGUCUCGAGAAGACUCUCCCGCCUCAUCCUCACCUACCGAAACUCGAGCCGCCACGUGGCACUCGCGUCUCGUCAGAAGAAGCGACGCAUCAGUCAUCAUUCACCGUCGAUAUGAUGAAACUCAUCCGCCAAAGCGGGAACGCGAUCUCCAAACGCAUCUCGAUUCUGCACGAAAACGGCGCCGUUUCGAAGAAGGAUCUCAACGAAUCCGACGUGGCGGAGUUCGAAAUCUCCGGAGUCAAGGUCCUCGUGAAGCUGAAAAGCGAAGAGGAGAUCAGAGGCCGAGUCGCCUUCUUCUCGAGAUCUAACUGCCGAGACUCCACCGCCGUCCGAUCGUUUCUCCGGGAACGAGGCUUCGAUUUCUCGGAGAUCAACAUCGACGUCUACGCGCACAGAGAGCGCGAGCUUGUCGAGAGAACAGGGAGCUCUCAGGUCCCUCAGAUCUUCUUCAACGAGAAACACUUCGGCGGAUUGAUGGCGUUGAAUUGGCUGAGAAACAGCGGAGAGUUCGAUCGGAGGAUCAAGGAGUUGCUGGCGGAGAAGUGCUGCGGCGAUGCGCCGGCGCCGGUGAUGUACGGUUUCGACGAGGAGGGAGAGGGCGGUGGGGUGGAUGAGAUGAUGAGCUUCGUUAGGGUUUUGAGGCAGAAGCUGCCGAUUAAGGAUCGGUUGAUGAAGAUGAAGAUCGUCAAAAACUGUUUCUCCGGCGCCGAGGUGGUGGAGAUAUUGAUUCAUCACUUGGAUUGCGGGAGGAAGCAGGCCGUCGAAAUUGGCAAGAAACUAGCCAAGAAACACUUUAUCCACCAUGUCUUUGGAGAAAAUGACUUUGAAGACGGAACCCAUUACUACCGUCUCCUUGAGCACGAGCCAUUUAUUUCAAACUGUUACAAUUUUAGAGGCUCUACAAAUGACAUGGAGCCCCAAGAUGCAGUAAUGGUUGGUCAGAAGCUAUUCAAAAUCAUGACUGCUAUUCUCGAGUCUUAUUCGUCUGAUGACCAUUCUCGUGUUGAUUACAUGAGAAUCAGUCAAAGUGAAGAAUUUCGAAGGUACUUGAAUUUGGCUCAAGAUCUUCAACGGUUGAAUCUUCUUGAACUCUCAACAAACGAGAAAUUGGCAUUUUUCUUGAAUUUGUACAACGCAAUGGUGAUCCAUGCUUUGAUCAGAAUCGGACGUUCCGAUGGAAUGAUUGCAAGAAGAUCCUUCUUCACGGACUUUCAGUACGUCGUAGGAGGCUACUCUUAUUCCCUUAACUCCAUAAGAAACAACAUCAUUCGAGGCGGUCAUAGACAGUCUUAUGCAUUUAUCAAACCGUUUAUGAGAGGCGGUAACACACAUCAUAAGCUUGGUCAUCCAAAACUUAAUCCACUAGUACAUUUUGGGCUUUGUGAUGGGACCAAAUCCACUCCAGUAGUGAGGUUUUUCACACCGCAAGGAGUUGAAGCUGAGCUCAAACAAGCAGCCAGAGAUUUUUUCCGAAACGGUGGAAUUGACGUUGUCUUGGACAAGAGAGUCGUUCAUCUAUCAAGAAUCAUCAAGUGGUAUAAGGAGGAUUUCAGUGAAGAGAAGAAAUUGUUGAAGUGGAUAAUGAGUUAUGUAGAUGCAAACAAAGCAGGUCUUUUAACCCAUCUUCUCGGUGAGGAUGGAGGAGGUUCUGUUCACAUCGUCUACCAAGACUAUGAUUGGUCUAUCAACAGUUGAAACUAGUAUCUAACUAAUGAUCUAUAUCAUUGAUACUUGGGAUCCCUUGAUACUUUGUAUUAAAUCUGUUUUGACUCUGUUCAUGCAUGGUUCACUAGCAAUGUACUAUUUGAAUAUUAUGUACAAAUCAGUUUAGUUUAUUAGACUUUGACGAAUAUUAGACUUUGACGAUCCAACACUAUAUAGAUGAUGCAUUGAUGCUACAACAAUCACAGGGAAUUCUAUAUUUAAAAGAAAAAACCAUUCAGAUAACGUCUUGUGAAUUAUCAUCACCAAUGGACUACUUGGCAACUUUUUUUUUUGUGGUUGGAGUAGACUUGAAGCAGCUUCUUUUUCUGAACCAGAAAAUGAGUAGAGGUUCCUCUUGCCUUUCUCCUUUUCUUGCCUUUGCUCACCUUUUACUCUCUUUAGUAAUAAAAGUCUUCCCUUAAAGCUAGUUUGAGAACUGAUGAGAAUGUUAUAAUCAGUUUUAAAAGAAACAAAUUGAAAUAAUCAAAUAAAUAGUGUGCUUCUGAUUAUUAUUUCUCUUCACCGGCGUGGUUUUACUCAAAUUUUAUAAAUAAACGGUGAAGAGGGUUGUAGAUGCAAUUAGUAAAAUAUUAAUCAGACAAUUAGUUUCUAACUGUCACAAAUGUUGAUGAACCAAAUGUUUGAUUGUUACCACUUGAUGAUUCUCGUGUUACCACAUAUAUUUAAAUGUUAAUGUUCAAAAAAAAAAAUUUAAAUGUUAAAUUGUUUAUAAGUGACAAUCAGACAAAACAAGAUUUGUAGCUCACAUGUUUCGACAACUAUGGACUUCCCGUUAUAAACAUUUUCCUGUGUACUUUCCAUGUGUUCUAUAAAUAAUUAACAUUUUAAUUAGCCAUUUUCAUCUACCAUUUUGGUUGAAAACUAAGGAUUUGACUGUUACCAAUAAAUUACUUGAUGUUAUUGCUCAAUAUUAUUAAUGAAUAAAAUUACAACAUGCUGUAAGUUUUUCUCUCCAAAGCUUUACUAUUGUUAUCUUUAUUUUUUAAAGAUUUUGUAUUUUAUUAUAAUUAUAUUAUCCCAUAUUUGUUCAAUGUAAUAGUAUAUAUAUAUAUAUAUAUCCAUGUAUUAGAUAAUUGUUUUAAACAAAUUUUGUUAUUAAUAUUGUGAUGUCAGUUAUAGAAAAUCCUAGAUAUUGUUCCCCAAGUUUUACUUAAUAUCUAAGUUAGACUUAACAUGGUUGAAGAAGAAACAAACAAAUACGAGAACAUGGCUACGCAGCAAGAGGAUGAGGAGAAAGCGUUGGUGAUAUGGAGCAUCAUCAACUGUCCGAUACCCGAUGGCCUUGAUCCUUGUCUUGUGGUUCCGAGAAUACAAACGGCGCUGGAAAAGUCAAGACGCGGCCGCCCCUAUGGUCCUCUCUCCAUCACUGCCAUCAGCAACAACCUAACAGAGAUCCCUGGCGAAGACGUCAUGAGGAAGCUUUCUUCCGCUGGAAUCUCUCUUAAACAUGCUCACGGAGUUAGUACGGAUAUGUAUCAGUGGGCCCGUAGGAAUCCUCCUCCGGCUACUAUCAUGGUCAUAUCCGGUCAUGUUGAACUGGAAUGUUUAGCUUCUACAUUUUCUGGUCUUAAAAAUAAAGGAUACAGAAUUCUUCUUACAUAUCCUCAGCGAGACCCAGUUUUAGCCUCUCUGCCUAAACACUGUUUCUGGGAAACUUUACUGUCAGAUACCGAUAAUAAUCUGGAGACAACAACAAGACUUGUUUUUCCUUACAGGUUGGAUCAUGGAACGGGCGAAUUACCCUGGUCUUGCUCAGUAUGCCAUUAUGAUGCCCCAACCUUUGAAGAUUUCACCAAGCAUCUCAAGUGCGAAACACAUGCAUAUUUUGAGUGGGACAGGUAUGCUAGUAAGAACAACGUGGAUCGUACUAACCCUGCUAACUUGCAGCUUGGUCGCUCACCGGAGUGGGACUUGCUGGCUAAAGAAAGUAUGUUGUAUCGUUCUGCAAUUCGAAAGCUGCGUGGCGCUUUUGCUCCUCCAAAGAGAUCAAAGAUGUGGGUUGAUGCUACAACAUUUAAGUAACCAUUCAAAUUCUUCAAUUCAAAUUCUGAAGAAGAAGAAGAAGCUGGAGAAUAGGAGAAGAGGGCCCAUAGGAAGCCAUUUCAUAUGGUUAUCUAUCUUAUUAAAAAAAUUCAAAAAAAAUCUACCUUAUUAAAUAUUUAUGUAAUAAAAAAAAGAUAUAUAUGGUCUUAUAUAUGCAUGGUAAAAUUAAAUUAAAAGAACUUUGCAAUAGCCAGAUGCAGAGAAAUAAAUCAAACUUUUUCUUUAAAAUGGAGAGAAAUAUCUCAAG